AUGUUGAAGGACAUCCGUGACGCUGUCCCCGGCAACCCAGGCAACUCUGGUGCCUAUGAGGACUACAAGGAUUCUGUUGUGAUGGACCCUUGGAGCGGUGAGGGUAUGUGGCGCAACCCGGGUUACGAGCUGACUCACAUGGCUGAGCAGUUGGCCUACGAGAUCGACAUGCACUUGGUCGACCCAUACUAUUAAGGCUUGAUACACGAGUAUAACUAAUCCAUGUCUAUCUCCUGCCUGUCUCAUACUUCUAAAGCAUCUUGGACUUGUCCCAUACCUACUACGAGGAAAACUACAGGCCCAAUACAUGUGUAUCAUGUGUCUCCUCGUCAAGAUCAUGGAUUUGAUGGAUUAUUAGCCCCCUCAGGAGGAGCCAAAUCCCUUUUUCUAAUGUUUUUUCUACCAAUCCGACAAGUGGUCUGCGUUUGAGAAGCCGAUCUCGUCCAAGUUGGCUCGCUGCACCAUGCGCGCCAUCCGUGAAAAUCUCCCUGAGCGCAAGGUGAUGGAGAUCGUGGGUCGCAUGAAGCGUGGGGAAAUCGAUGCUGCCAAGGUGGCCGACCGCAUGCUCAAGCCGGUGUUGGAAAAGCAUCCGAACUGCACCAGCAACGUCGCAGAGGCCAAGGCCUUCCUGCACAACAACGUCACGGACCUGUGCGCCCGCUUCUGCUCCGAUCACAAGUACUGGGAGGAGGUGUCUCUGCCUUUGCAGACCGGUGCCGCUGGCAAGUUCAACGAACCGGUGUGGUCCGAGGCUGAGUAUCCUGGUGCCAUGAUGGAAGACUCCUGCAAGGUACUGCUAUUUAGUACUGUGACAUUUUUUGGAGUUCUCUGUUUGUUGGAAGAUGUUUUUAGAUUCAAGUACUGUGACAUUUCUUGGAGUUCUCUGUUUGCUGGAAGAUGUUUUUAGAUUCAAAUCACGUGUAAAAAGUAAGAGUUGGUUCUACGUAUAUUAAUUCCAUUCUGGUUCUAAUUGAAACUCCCACACAGGUCGACAACCACUGCAUCAUCUACAACAACUUGGGUGGCGUCGCUGGCAAGAAGGAGACCGCCGACAUGUAUGCCAACCACUAUCGCCUCCGCGAGCGUCGUCAGCGACGUCUCAAGAUCGAGGAGCGCCGCCGGCGUCGUGCCCUCCAGGAGAAGGAGGGCUCUGUUGCUGCUGAGACUGGUGAAGAGACCAAGCAGCGUGAAUUGGCGGAGUACUGGGAAGAGCGUGGCAUCGACUACAUCUUUCCGGCUCGUGAUCCGCUCCACCGCGGCUCCCUGCGCGCGCGCGCGAUGACCCGCAAGUCUAGCACCCACAAGCGCCGCAUCAACCGCCGCCGCAAGCUGCUGGCCAGACGCUAAUUGGUUUAGUUUGUCGUGGAGAAUAUAACUGGAUGUUGAAAUAGAAGUUUUAUAAAUAUUAGACUAUCAUCAUAAUCAUGGGCGGGAAGGGAGUGAUAGUUUAUAGACUAUGAUACGGGGUGGAGUAGAAUGCAAUAUACAAUACUACAGGGAGGUAGAUGAAAAGGAAAACUACAAUUGUUCUUGGGUAGGAAGAUGUUGUAGCUAUAAAAGAGGAGGGACGAGGAGUAUAAAACAAUAGCUGUUUACAGGAGAUUUUAGAUGUUGUAAUGUUGUACUAGAUCAUAUCUUCGUGCAUUUUUUCGUGCAUUUUCAUGGAGGCUAUCUAACAGCAGCAAUAUCAAUGUCUACUAUCUAGAGUAGAGGUGAAAAAUUUUCCCGGAGUUUUCGUUGUCCGUUUUGUGGUUGGUGAUUGGUUCCAGGCUGCGCAGUGCGAUUUGAGGACCAGGCCAUCCACGUGAUGCGACGACUACUAAAAUUCUUUUGUUUCAACACAAAUACAAAAAUACUAUUAGGCUAAGGUGGGACUUCUUUAUUUUCAUACUUUUAUGAAUGGUCAACGUCAGAAUCACUAAAAAUCAUCACGAAACUACUUAAAUCAUAGUUCUUAUGGGGAACAAGUCGCAGUUCAGUAAGGAAAAAGUAAGCAUUAAUAUCUUGACAGCGUCAUCGCGGAGAUGAGAAAUUCGAAGUUCUUGGGUCAUUGGCACGCUUGUUGUGUCUUGUUAAUAGUCUAUAAUUGGAAUUGGAUACGUCAUAAAACCGUGCCUGUUCGUGGUGAGUCGGAUGAGUGUUUAAUGACGAUUAAGGAUCCGAUUGCUUUUUAUGGGGUUGAUUGGAAUAAAACAAGGAUUAUCUUCUGAUUGUUUUUUAUGGGGUUGAGGCCCUCUGAGUGAGUUUUUUGUGUUGUUUUUUUUAAUAUAAUUAUGUUGUUUGUUGUUGUAUUAUUAAAAGUAUUUCGCAGGAUUAUCUUUUGGGGGGUCUAUCUUUCUCGGCUGCGGUAUAAUUCUUUCGCGAAGUAAAGGGGACAUAAGGGAGAGACAAUGCUGCUGAUUGUUUGAUUCUUCUCAAUCCUCUUCAAGCAUACACAAGAGCACUUUCUUUAGAUAGUGGAACAACAACUGCGAAGCUAUACCCGUCGCCGAUGAGAGAAGACUUCUCGUGGACCUGUCGCGCAUGCCAGUGACUUCUUAUGAUGUCAAUUAUAGGUGAAAUGAGACCUGGUUUAUUGAACUUUGUAGGAUUCUUGUUGAAAAUGAGGCACGCCGUUCCCACGUAUCGUCUCAGGACGUGGCGACGCAGUCACGUCAGCCGCGAGCCCGGUCUCCGUUCCAUUCUUGUGCUGAAUCGUUUGCUUCGUUUUAGGUGCCUGGCCGUCGUGCUUGAGGCGUCUCGCUGGGUAAUUAACGUAAUUAACUGUUCUUAUCGCGAGAAACGUAGACCCAGGCACCAAAAGAAAAGAUUCUCGCGGAGGCCUUGUCCUGAGUGAAUGAAUGAACGAAAAUAGACUAAAACGGCAGGUGGAUUGCAACAAACAUACGCAGGAUCAUCAGGGCAUGUUGAUCUUCAUACUUUUACUUACUAGUAGAAGUUACCGACUUUUUUAGUUCUUAUCGCGUGCAUCAGUGUCAGACAAAAGUUUUGUCUUAUAGUCGUGAAAAUGGUAAGACAUGAAACACAGAUUCCCGCUGGUAGUAGUUGUAAACACAUUUUAGAAUUUUGAGUUUGGAUUUGAAAUCAGUGAAGGGAAUAGUGGAUGGAAAUGAUGGUUAAGAUAAAAUCAUGAAUGAAGUUGAUUAAUCUGAAAUACUACACCAGGUGGCCUAACAGUAAAAUGAAACAAGCGUUGAGGAGUCAAAAGCGAAAGUACAACCAUCAACGUCAUGAAGCAGAGGUCCCAUGUGGACUAGGUACAAUCAUGAUUAAUAGCGUGUUUUAAGGGAUAUCCUUCAUUUCUUCAAGCAGUUACUCACAUGGCUCAUUUCAUAUCAUGACUAUUAUCUUAAAGCGAGGAAGUAUGUGCAUGUUCUUGAUUGAGCUCUAUGGUGCUCUAUGCUGAGGAGCAGGAGGACUGUAUGAUAACUGAACAGACCAACGCCUAAACCUUAUCACUGUACUAGAAGAGUCAGUUCUUGUCCUCUUUGCGAAUCAGUGGGUUGGAGAUGAGGGUAAACGCUUUUCUUCAUGAUGCGUCCUUAUUUCAUGAUGGUAGGACAAGAUGCUGGGAAAUUUAAGAAAGAAACUCUUUUUGGUGGUCAAACAAUUCGCGCCAUAGGAUGAAGCACUUGUCUUAUUGAGAUUGAACGUCAUAUGGGACGAUGGGCGCUCUGGGAAGAGGACAUGGAGCGGCUCCCACAGUGACAGGCGUUCUUGAUUGACAAGUGCUAGUGCCGUGUUCUUGAGUGAGGGACUGGGACUGCGGGUAAAAAUAGCCGAGGCUCAUCAUCUGUUGCCGCUCUAGUAGAAUUUAAUAUGACUAUGACUCUGGG